GUCUAUUGGGGGCGGUAGGCUGUGGGUACUAGCCGGGGUGGCUUCGAGGCCCAGGAGAGGGGGUGGAGAGGGGAAGAGAAAGGGGGGGGGCGGUAGGCGCUGGUUCCCCUUCAGUGCUUCGAGCUGCUGUCACUUUCGGUUCCCGGAAAUCGGGCUGGAGUGUGAGUUUCAUUUUCCCUUUUCUUUUCCUCGAGUAAUGAAACUCCCAAGCUGGUCACGUGCCCGGGACUCUUUAAAUUCGGGAGCGCGAGCCUGGGAGAGUCAGAUUGCGCAGCAGUUGGACAGAGCUCCUGGCGGAGCGCAAUCUCCAGCCUGAGCUGCCCGAGUGUACUCCCUGAGGACUGCGGCUCCGCCCUGCAGCCAUGAGUGAGAAGACCCGAGAGGCCCUGGAAGCAGCUCUGAGGCAGCUGAGAUGCACCUUUACGUGGCAGCUCUUUAAGGAAGGGAGGGACAACGGGAGAAGCCUGGAGGAGAAGGUCACUGAUAGCAUCGGGUUCCUGUGCUUCCAGUCCAAAGCUUCUGGGUACAACCUCCUGGCCUAUGUGAAGUGCUUGAAAGGGGAGUACCAGGAAGCUCUGAGCUACCUCAAGCAAGCCGAAGAGCUGACCCAGCUGGAGCACCCAGACCAGGCCGAAAUCCGGAACCUGGUCACGUGGGGGAACUAUGCCUGGCUCUACUACCACAUGGGCCAGCUGGAGGACGCACAGGCCUACCUGGACAAGGUGGCAGAGACGUGCAGGAGGUUUGCGAGCCCUUACAGGAUGGACUGCCCUGAGAUGGACUGUGAGGAAGGCUGGGCCAGGCUCAAGUGCGGCAAGCUGCAGGCAGAGCGCUCCAAGGCCUGCUUCGAGAGGGCUCUGGAAGAUGAGCCUGACAACAUGGAGCUCCGGGUGGGCUUGGCCAUCUCGGCCUACUGUGAAGAUGUUGGCAGGUCCCAGAGGCGUCCCUUUACUGAGCUGCUGAGGCAGACCAUCGAGCUGAACCCUGACAACUUUUACCUGAAAGCUCUUCUGGCCUUGAAGCUCCAGAAGAUGAACGACAAGACCAGCGGAGAAAAGGUCAUGGAGGAAGUCUUGGGGAGAGCCCAGGCCCCCGAGGUGUUCUGGGUCGCUGCCAUAUUUUACCGGAAUCAAGGUGAGCUGGAGAAAGCCGUGGAGCUGUUCAAGAAGGUCUUGGACUUCCAGCCCGCCAACGCCACUCUCUACCACCAGAUCGGGUGCUGCUAUCGGAGCCUGGCCCACCAGCUCCUGUACAAGGAGAAACAGGGGCUGCUGAGGUACCCUGGGCUCCCAGAGAAGGUGACUGAGCUGAGGGAGCAGGCCCUGGAGUCCAUGGAAAAAGCCGUGGAGCUGAAGGGCUGCUUCCUGAACAUGCACACAGACCUCGCGGCCAUGUACGCGAUGCUGGGCCACUCGGAGAAGGCUGAGGCCAUCUUCCAGAAGCUGUUCCGCUCUGAGCAGCUCACAGACAAGGAGAGGCAGCUGCUCUACCAGAGCUACGGCAACUUCCAGGACUAUUUCCAGGGCCAGGAAGAGGAUGCCAUUCAGUACUACAUUGAAGGUCUGAAAAUACAAGAAGACCCCACCAAGGCAGAGAAAAUGAAAUCCAGACUGCAAGCAAUAGCAAAGAAGCAGCUGUCCCAAGACCCGGCGUCCUUGCAGGGCUGGAGGCUGCGAGGGUUCUUGGCCAAGCUGAACGGAGACAAGGAGCUCGCCUUGAAGUGCUAUGAGAGAGCUCUGGGCAGCCGGCUCCAGCACUCGGCCUCCGGCAUUGGAAGCCUCUUCCCCUCUCCUUCCCGUCCUCGUCCUUGGGCAGAGGCUGCCGACCAAGACAGAGCUCAGUGUCCAGGAGACCUCCCAGGCUCCUGGGCCAGUCAUGGCGCCACUUCUGGGCUCAAUGGCGAGAACAGCUCCGAGUAAGAAGCCAGGAGGCCACGGCUGCCCGUGAAGAUGGCUUGACCUGGAGGCCAGCUGUUCACCAGUCGCCUCCCUCUGGUCCCAGCGACACACUUGGGAUUCUCUAGAUAGUAAGGACAAAAGGAGAUAUAGAGCCUGGAGGACAUUGUUUAGUGGGCCCAAGAGCUCUGGAUUUCUGUCUUUUCUGCUCCCAAACUGACAGCCUCCUCCACCGCACUGAUAGCACUCAAAAUCCCUGAGUGGCUCCCCAUUGCCCCCAAGGAAUGCUGAAACUCGGUCCAGGCUUUGACAAAUUGCACAGUCCUUCCUCUGGACCCCUCACAGCACCUUCCCGCUUCAAGCCCUGGACACUGUCUCUGGCCUGGACUAGACACAUCUCUGAGGAGGGAAAUCAAGGUUCCCCUGCUCCCACCUCCCAGGUCCAGCCUCGGAAAUCCCAUCUACCCUCCCCAAGUGUCCUCAUUCCCCAGCAGCUGGACAGAACUCCUCUCCCCUAAGUCUCGGGCAGCCCUUAUCUGCAUUUCUGUCUCAUACCUUUGGCAUGGCCAGUGAUGUUCAUGGUUUUGCUCAUUGUGUGUAACUCGUCUCCCCUCCUCUUCCCUUUUGACCUGGUAAUAUACACUCUAGCACGAUGCCUGGCACACAGUAGGUGAUUAAUAAAUGCUUAUUCAUUGAC